CUUCAGAAAAAGUGUUCCAUUUUUAUUCCAUUUACUUCUUUGCACCAUUCUUUUCCCCCAAAAUAUGAUCUAAGGCCCUGCCUACAGCAGAGGUCAGACUGAAAGCUGCAGUUGCCCAGGUCAUUUCACUCUCUCUGUUAACAGGGAGAUGAUAGUCUGUUUUGUUUUCACAGUACCCCUCCACCAAAUCACUUUAAGAUCCCUGUUCUUGCCCUGUAGUUGAGCUUUGUGUGCAGCCUGUCACAGCCCAGCAGCUGGCCACGUUUUCUCCUCCCUGUUCUAAACCUUUGGCCAUAGCAAACAGUGAGACAAGGCAUCCAGUCUGCCCCAAGCAGACAGCAUGCCUGCCGUCCAGCAUGGUGGCUUCAGGGUAGCUCCGGUAGUGAAACCCUACGAGAACUCUGAUCUGAACUCUGAAAUCUCUGGGGUUGGCCUUGGGAUGAGGGAGGAAGAGGCAACUGACAAAAGAGGGAAGAACUAAGGCCUAUGAUUUGUCACUUAAUAGGUUCAAAGAUGUCCUCCUGAAUACUGAAGUGGGAUUGUACAGGCUUGUAUCCUUGCAGCUCGCCAGAGCCUGUUGUGCCUCCUGCACGGAAGAGAACUACUUUUGACACAUUCUGUCUGCUUCCCCUCCCUCACUGUAUUUUCUACCUGCAGAGGAAGGUGCAUUAGUCCUCGACCACUCAGUUUGGAGACUAGAGCUACUGCCUACAGCUGAUCUCUGUUUGCAGGAUCCACCUGAUGGCCGGGCGGGUUCCUGUGGGUGCAGACCGGGCAGCAGUGGCAGGAGAGAUGGAAACCACGUUCAUUGAGAAUCUCCGAUAUGCUGCUGACAUCCUGGCCCAGGAAGACAUGAUUGGACUGAUAGAGCCUAUUAACAGCCGCAUCACUGACCCUCGCUACUUUCUGAACACCCCUCACCAAGCUGCUGCCAUCUUGGAGAAGGUGGGACGGCCCAACCUGAAGCUGCAGCUGGACAUCUUUCACUGCCAGAUCAUGGAUGGGAAUUUGUCACGCAACUUGGAGACAUACUUCCCGCUCAUAGGUCAUAUCCAGAUUGCACAGGUGCCAGGGCGGCACGAGCCUGACAGCCCUGGGGAGGUGAAUUUCCCCUACCUCUUUCAGCUCCUGGAGUCCCUCGGCUACACUGGCUACGUGGGGUGCGAGUACGCUCCAAAAGGAGACACCAUGGAAGGUCUGGGCUGGCUGCGCUCGUACUGGGAGAGCCGAGGCCUGCAGCACGGAGAGACUGGAAAAGCAACAGAAUAAAACAGAAUGAAAUCACUGGAAUAAAAAGUCAAAUCAAUGGCCCAAACAGAGCAGCAAGUCUGUUCUCUGACUGGGGUGAUUUCUAGAGCAAGGUUAAGAGCAUCUAUGUCCUAGUCACCUUCUUAACACCGUCUGCUGUUUGCUGAGACCAAGGCUGCUCUGCAGGCCUGCUGGGCCAGCACAGACAGUUGGACCCUCAUCUAAUCAAGUACUGUCUGCCACAAGUCGUUUUUGGGAGUGGCUUGGGCAGCACUGAAGCUGAUAGGAUGACUUCACAUACACAGGAGCACCUUCACCUCCUCAGUGGUACCCAGGGGAAGGUUUCCAGUCACCUCUGCUAGGCUUUGGAAGGGAGUGGGUUCUUCCAUUCUAGCUCCAGCUGGAGCUUGGAAUUAGGGGAAGAGGCUACUGUCAUGUGGCAAAGACACUCAUGUC